AUGAGCGUGGAGGAGGAGCUGCAGCUGCAGGAGUGGCUGCUGCAGCACUUGGACUCCCAGCCGCUGCAGAGGCAGCAGCCUCCCCACUCUGCGCCUGCUGGCCAGCAGCAACAGCAGCAGCAGCAGCAGCAGCAGCAGCAGCAGGAACAACAAACUUGGGAGCUGCAGGCAAAAGAGGAAGUCGGCCCUAAACAAGGGCCUCAGCCGCUUCAGCAGGACUCUCCGUCGCAACAGCAGCAGCAGCCUCUUGAAGAGCAGCAGCAGCAGCAGCAGUUGCAGCAGCUGGAGAAGCAUCGGAAUCCUAACAAGGAGAGCAAGCAGCAGCAGCAGCAGCAGCAGCAGCAGCAGCAGCAGCGCCAAAGACCGCAUGCGAAAAGCGCAAAAUGCCAUUUUCCGCGUUCUGUGCUGCUGCAGCGGCUGGAAAGCCACUUGCAGUUCAUUACUCAGUUGCAGUCCGUGCAGCAGCAGCAGCAGCAGCAAAAGCGGCAGCAGCAAGAGCAGCAGCAAGAGCAGCAGCAAGAGCAGCAGCUUCAAGACACACAUAAAGCUGAGCUGCAGAAGCACUCUAGGCCCCCUCCGCAGCAGCAGCAGCAGCAGAGUGCAGCACGGGAGGCGUCAGAGCCACAAAAGGUCGAAGCUGCGCUGCAGCCGCAGCAGCAGCAGCAGCAGCAGCAGCAGCAGCAGCAGCAGCAAAAUGAGCAGCAGCAGACUUGCUUGAAGCCUGCUGUUGGUGCUGCUGCUCCUGCUGCUGACCCUGGAAGCUUGUGGGAGGCCUUGCUGGUUGAAACAGAGAAGCAAGCCUCUGCUGCUGUUGCUGCUGCUGCUGCUACUGCUGCUGCUGCUCGUCGCAGGUCUUUGCCCUCUUGCCAGCCAAGUGCUGCUCGCGCUGCAGCAGCAACAGCAGCAGCAGCAGCAGCAGCAGCAGCAGCAGCAGCAAAAACACCGAAAUCAGCAAAGCCGCCUCUCCCGCGAGCUCGCAGCGGCGACGCGCAUAGCCUGCGCCAGCCGCAAACACGUGCUGCUGCUGCUGCUGCUGCUGCUGCUGCACGAGCACCUGCUGCAGCAGCAGCCGCUGCUGCAGCUGGUCUUCCUAACUCUGCUUCUCGAAACAAUGAAGGACGCGGCCUUGCUCGUAGCUGCAGCAACUGCAGCAGCACCCGAAGCAGCAGCGUGCGCUGCAGCAGCAGCAGCAGCAGCAGCAAAACUUGCCUCUCCGCUGCAAAACGAAACUCAGAAAUUAAGGCCCCUGCUGCUGCUGCUGCUGUUGGUGCUGCAUGCGUUGCUGCUGCUGCUCGCGCUGCUGCAACUCGCGCUGCUGCUACUCGCGCUGCUGCGACGCGCAAAAGCCCUAAGUCCCAAACGCAAAAACUAACAGCAGCAGCUGCAGCAGCUUUUGCUGCUGCAGCAACUGCAGCAGCAACGGCAGAAGCAGCAGCAGAGCUCGAGGCGUCGGCACUAACAACACCUGCCACAAGAGCUACAACCCCUGCAACAACACCUGUGGGGCCGCGGGCAGCAAAAGCAGCAGCAGCAGCUGCUGCUGCUGCUGCAGCAGCAGGCUCGCCGAUGCCCGUUUGCCGGAAGCGACUGCAGCAGCAACAGCCAGCAGCAGCAGCAGCAGCAAAAACGACAGCAGCAGCACUUCCUACUAGUCAACAUUCUGCUGCCUGCGCCACCCAGCGGCUGCAGCGGAACCAGAGGAUGCUGUGCAAGCAGCAGCAACAGCACGAGCAGCAGCAGCAGCACAAGCAGCAGCAGCAGCAGCAGCAUCUUCACGGACAGCAGCAGCGCAAACAGCAGCAGCAGCAGCAACAGGGCCGCGCGCUUUCCCGCUGCUGCUGCACGAUUUGCUGCGAAGUGACGGCAGCCAGCGACUGGGCCUUUGCUGCAGGGCAGCAGCAACAUCCUGCAGGCAGCGCCUGCAGCAACCAGCGGCAGCAGCAGCAGCAGCAGCAGCAGCAGCAGCAGCAGACGCAAAAGGCUACGGCAGAGGCAGCCACGCCCACUGCAGUUGCUGCAGGCACUGCAGCAACUGCAACAGCAGCCCGAGGCCGCUGCAGCUGCCGCUGCUUGGGCGGCUCUUCUGCUGUUCCGGUUCCCCUUCAUGCUGCUGCUGACGCUGCUGCUGCUUCUGAUGCUGCUGCUGCUGCUGCUGCUGCUGCUGCGCAUGCAUCCCACGUAGACUGCAGCGUCUCUGAUGGCUCGCUGAGAAGCAUAGAGGAGGCAACUCCUCCCCAUUCACAAGGCCUUCAAGAGUGGCAUUUAGCUGCUGCUGCUGCUGCUGCUGCUGCAGGGGGCAGGCCGCAGCAACAAGCAGCAGCAGCAGCGCCUGCAGCAGCAGCAGCAGCAGCAGCGCCCACUGCACAAGCAGCUGCAGGCGAUCGACUGCCGCUUCAGCAGCAGCAAAACUUGGGGAACGCUCAGAAGCCUCUCAGCGGCCAUUCGGCAGUCAACUGUUACACUGCAGCAACAGAAGCAGCAGCAGAAGCAGCAGCAGCUGCUGCUGCUGCUGCUGGCUGCCGGUCAGGGGCAUGCCGCCACCAGCAGCAGCAGAAGCAGCAGCAGCGGCGAAGGGGCCGUUGUAGAGACAUCUCGGAGGCUGCAGGCGCUGCAGCAGGCCCGCAACACUUUGCUGCUGCUGCAGGCCAUUUUGGCCAGCCUUUUGCUGCUGCAGCAGGAGGCGAAGAGUGCCAGCAGCAGCAAAGUCUGCACGAUCACAGGAAGCAACAAAGUAGCCACAGAAAACACAUUGUGCUGCUGAUGCAUGCUGCUGCAGCAGAUAGCAGCAACAGCAGCAACGCUGCGAACCCCACGGGCCGUCGUUCUCUGGCCUCUGGGGCUGCCGCAGCAGCAGCAGCAGCAGCAGCAGCAGCAGUAGCAGCAACACCAGUAGCGGCGGCAGCAACAGCAGACACCUCCCUUGUCAGCGAACUAGUCAGCCCCAAAAGAUGCUGUGCAUCGCUACGUGAGGACUUCCAGCAGCAGCAGCAGCAGCAGCAGCAGCAGCAUGAGCACCUGUGGCAGCAAAAGCAGCAGCAAGAGUGGCUGCACAUGGAGCACGAGGCCAUCCCCGAGCGCUCCCCUGCCCCCGCCCCUUUGCUGCUGCGUCAGGGUUUGCAGCAGCACUUGGAAGAGCAGCAGCAGCAGCAGCGGCAGCAUUUGCAGCGAGAUCUGCAUUCGCAGCAGCAGCAGCAGCUGCUGCUGCUGGAGCAGCGGCACUUGCAGCGGCAGCACUGCGCCCACGAGGAGGAGCAGCAGCCGCAGCAGGAGGUGCAGCAGCAAGCAGCAAGUGCAGCACGACGGCUCACCUGCUACUCGCAUACGCCGUGGGAAGAGUUCCUGCAGCAGCAGCAGCAGCAGCAGCAGCAACUUCUGCAGCACGAACAGCAGCAACAGCCGCAGCAGCAGCAGCAACCGGUUUCGCCAUGGCUUUUCGAAAAGCAGCAGCGGCAAAUGCUGCUGCACCAAGGCCACGCACUUGCGCAGCAGCAGCAGCACUUGUGCUCGCUGGGUCCGGGCCUGCAGCAGCAGGCUGGACUGCAGCAGGUGCAGCAGAAGCUGCAGCAGCAGCUGCACCAGCAAGUGCAGCAGCAAGUGCAGCAGCAAGUGCAGCAGCAAGUGCAGCAUGAACAGGUCAUCUGCCAGCAACAUGGCUGCUGCGCUGCACAUAAAGCAGCUUUGGGAUCUGUACAAAGCAGCGCAGCUGUUUCUUAUGUGCCGGCAGAUCAGUAUAAGGAACAGCAAAUGAGGCUGCAGCAGCAGCAGCUGCAGCAGCAGCAGCAGCUGCAGCAGCAGCAGCAGCAGCGAAUGCCGCAAGAGCAGCAGCUCCAGGUGCAGCCGCACCGCUGCUGCACCCGAAUCUAUCGAGCGCCCCCUGUGGGUUGUAGUUCUGAUGAAAUACAGCAGCAGCUGCUGCAGCAACAGCAGCUGCAGCAAAUGCAGCAGCUUCCUGUGCAGCAGCUCCGCUGCUGCAGCACAACGUGCAGAGCAUCUCCUGCGCGCAAUGUGGAUGAGUCUCAGCAGCAGCAGCAGCACUGCCAGCAGCACCAGCAGCAGCAGCAACCGAAGGUAUGCGUUGCUGCCUCCGGCGUUCCACAGUACUCUGUGCCUUCAGAGCCGCAGCAGCAGCAGCAGCAGCAGCAGCAACAGCCGCAGCAGCAGGAACAGUGCGUGUGGGAGCCGCAGCAGCCUUCCUUCGGGCUUGCAGAUCCAUCAGCUGGCACUCCAGCCCUGCUGACGCUACUGCAGCAAAUACAUGCGGGGCAGCAGCAGCUGCAGCAGCAGCUGCUGAAGGAAAAAGAGCCGCUUGAGUCAGGGGGCCACAUAGCUGGCAGCUGCAGCGCCGUGUCUUUGGCGCCGCUGCUGUCAGCUGCUGCUGCAGUGGACCAGACCAUUGGUGUACAUGCUGAUGGCGUUGCGGUGACCCAGCUGCAGCAGCAGCAGCAGCCUGCAGCUCAGCUGCAGCAGCAGCACCAGCCUGCAGCUCAGCUGCAGCAGCAGCAGCAGCCUGCAGCUCAGCUGCAGCAGCAAGUGCAGCACCAAAUGCUGCAAGCGUGGGAGGCCAAAGAAGCGCCAGAAAUGCACUGGCGCUACUGGGGAGAAGAUCAGCAGCACGUGCUGCUGCAGCAGCACCACGUGCUGCAGCAGCAGCAGCAGCAGCCAGGAGUCAUGCGACUGCUGCAGGUGGCAGCAGCAGGCAGCCGUCAACUCAGGGAAACCAUUGUGGGAGAUGCUGUUCCUUGA